AGAUCAUUCCAAUUUGAUGUGGAAAGUGAUCCACCAAAUAAACGAGCAAAGAAGGCCAUUGAAAAAGUGCUUUACAAGACAAGACCGUGUUUCCAAUUCCGUGCUGGCUCUUGUCCAUUCGCUGAAAAUUGUGAAUUUGCUCAUAGUAUGGAGGAACUUAGGAACUGCCUCAUAGUCACAAGGAAGAACCGAUGCGCUUAUCAGAGCAGCCAAGGGAGAAAAUCUGCAGCAAUAUGUGUGCUUCCUGGCUCUGGUGGUGGAUUUAAGAGCAAUGGAAGUACUUCAAUUUGGAAAGCAAGGCUUUGUACCAAGUGGGACUUAACAGGGAUGUGUGGUUAUGGAAAGAACUGCAUUUUUGCUCAUGGAUUAGCAGACUCUUCGCUUGAGUUGGUCAGUGCAGAAUUGGUUUUGUCCAAAAACAUGAUCUUCGAAGCCACACUAGAGCUUGCAAAACAAGGAGUCAUCUUGAACAGAGCUGCAGCAAUACCGUGGACGGCAAGUGAAGAAAAAGAUAGUGGUUCUUCAGCCUUGGGUGCCAAUCAGGUGGCGUCAGUACCAGCUAAAGCUUCUGUGGGUCAUGUUCCUUACUCAUAUCAUAUUGGAGCUCCACCAAGAAGGCUGUCUGGUGAGGUACCGAGGACUGGGGAGGUAGCUAUCCGGAACUGGAAAGGCCCGGACAAAAUUAGCAAAAUUUAUGGAGACUGGAUUGAUGACCUCAAGUAGGCUUCCCAGUCAGGCAAGCUCGACAUUGAAGGUGAUUCGUGCAACCGGAUUGUUUUUCAUGCUGAAGUCGAGGCUUUUAGUUUGAAUUGUUAUGUUAUUGUCUUAAAAUAAACCCCUUUUAAACAUUGAGGGAAUGCACUACAAACUACAGUGGUCGCGGCUUUGGAUUAACGUAUUUGAUUGUUCAA